AUGGAGACUGCCGGCGGGUUCGACCGGGCCGGCUCCCAAACCCGGCGACUAAAGGCUUACAGUCAGCGUCCGCGGAUUGAAGUCUCCGUGCGGACCAAGACACACCAUGACCGUGGGCCCCCCCGCACCGCACACUGCAUAAUGUGGGAUCUGUGAUUAUUCAACCGGUCCUCGCCGGCUUUUAGCGGCUUGACGUCACUUAGGGCACGUGGUCAGCCGUACCACGCCUUUCCAGAGGAAAGUUCGGGUGCUGAUUGGACGACGGCGGCGAAGACGUCACGUGACAUAUAUAAUGCUUUUCGUGUGACGCACGCGCUCCGGCGUAGCUUUGUGGCCGUGCGUGAGUUGCGUCUCAUGCUGCGAGCUGAUCACGGCGGAUAGACCAGUCAGAGGAGGAGAAGGAGGAGGGGGGAAAGAAAAGAGGAGGUCGGAGCAGCUUCGAGCGCAUCAUCAGAGCCCAUCACACCGCGCCCCACACACGGCACACAGCGAGCUGCUGUAUGCCCCAUCACCGCCCGCCCCGCGCCACCGCGUCUUCCUAGGAACCGGCUGUAUGAUUAAGCUACAAUCUUCAAUGAGUAAGCAUAGCCCUGUAAGUAUCGUGUCCGCGCUCCGAUAACGGACAGCCAGCGGCAGGGCCCAGAGCGGCCUUUGUGUGGGUGGCUACAGGCGCCUGCUACUCGGUCUGUGUGUGAUUGUCGCCGAGUGUGGCUCUGUGACCGCUACCGGGCGGGGAAUGUAAUGGGAGACUCGGUGUACCGGCCGGCCCCCGGCUCUCCCUGUAUUACCGGGCGGGGAAUGUAAUGGGAGACUCGGUGUACCGGCCGGCCCCCGGCUCUCCCUGUAUUACCGGGCGGGGAAUGUAAUGGGAGACUCGGUAUUUUGGCUCUCCGGGUGUGACCAAGUUUUUUUCUAAUCCCAUGUCUGUCUCUGUGCCGGCAGUCUGUCCGUGCCGGCAGUCUGUCUCUGUGCCGGCAGUCUGUCCGUGUCUGUCUCUGUGCCGGCAGUCUGUUCGGCCGGCAGGCUCGGUGACCUUUAAAGGAUUUACUCAGGUAAACUUGUCAAUCAUAGCAAAUAAAUCCUGUUAAUCCAAUGUCUCUGCAUUAUCUCUGUGCUGAGCUUGUCCUUAGAAAUGUCAUUAUGUCUGUGCACAUGUGCCUGUUUCCAUAAUUGUUAAGGAUCCAUGUGUACCUGUAAUGGCACUAUCUGGAUUUCUGGAUAUUUGGUGACAUGUGCCGGUUCCCAGGUAUGAAGGUUAAGCCAAUGCACAGUGCUUGCUGCUCACAGAUUGGACAGUCUGUCUGCAACACUCACUGCUUUAUACAGCUCUUGUUUGACGUGUGGGUUUUCUAUAACUGUUGCAUUGUUCGCCCUCAGUCAUCUGGGUGAUAAUAUCCUCCUCCAGGACCUGUAUGGCUGGAAGUGCUCAGACAAGUUGGGUCUUGUCCAUAGGAUUGCUGUGCUCUUUCCAGUAUGGUCUGCAGGGGUCACUAACAGGCUCCACUAUUAGGUUACUGUAAAACUGCAUGAUCUGCUUGUUUCUAGGUGAUGGUUUGCUCAUCAGGUUUCCUUUGUACAGAUUUGACUUGCCUUCAUGUCUAGUUACUUUUAUACCGGUGUUUGCAGUUUUUGUUUUGUCGUGUGUUAUUUUGAAAUGCUGUUGACUCUUUAACCGGGUUCAUGAACAGAAACUCUUGGCAUACAGCAGGGUAGGAGGUUUACUUUAAGUUUAGUUUUAAGUGUGUAUGUUCUAUAUUGGUUUACCAACAAUCUUCAAAGGUGACUUUGUUGUAGAUGAACCUGCGAGUCAACUGUCACCUCAGUUAAACUGAUACACAACUGCUACUAAAGGCUGAAUUUAAUUUGUACUAUGAAGGAAAUGAAUCUGCUAUACUAAGUAGCUAGUUCCUGAUCUAACAAUACUCCCAUAACCGGCUUACCAGACUUAAGUGCUGUAGUGAACUCAGUCCAGUCCUUUAAGAAAUAGACUGUGUUCUGUGUAACAUUUUAUGACAAGUGCAGCAGAUAUUAUUCUGUAAAUACAUGUGCUUAAAGGCUUUGUGUGUGGAGCAUGAAUCUCUCAUUUGUGGCUAUCUUAUGAAUACGUAUUUAGGCAGUGGGGUGUCCCUUUAACAGUUUAAUUUUAUAUGCCUUCCUAAAGAAGUGGGGUUUUUAAUGAUAGUUUGAAGGAACUUUGGGUGAAAGUAGGGAAGGGAGUUCAAUAGGAACAGUGCUGUCCUUGUGAAGACUUGAUGUUGGGCAUCAGAGGUGCGAGUACGAACAGAAAAUAUACAAAGAUCUUUGGCUGAGAUAGUGGGUUCGUAUGGAACAUACUAGUUACUAGUGAGAUAAGUGUGAGCUGUGUUAUCUGGAGAUUUGAGAAGAAUUGAGCCCUAAAUCUUACAGGAAGUCAGUGUAAGGACUGCAUUCGUUAUAGACUGUAUCAUGACGGCCAGGGAACGCCUAAGGCCACUGAGAAGUGAUUUGCUCUAAUCAAUGCGAUAGAUGAUGGUGGCGUGGACCAGCACCACUGGGUUUAGUCAUUAAAUUAUUGGAUACUUUACUCAGGACAGUUUCGACAGUGACAUGCAGGGAAUACAGAAUGAAGCAGGUUGAGCAGGGAAUUGGAUUCAAGGAAGUCAAUCUAGCAUAAACAACUCUCUCAAGGAUCUUUUGAGGCCAAAGGUAGAGAAAAAGGAUGGGAGUUGCAGUCAAGGGUGGAUUCUUUUUAGAAUUGGGGUAACAGUUGCAUGCUUCAUGGGUGAAUAAAAUAUGCCAGGAGAGGGGUAGAGAUUUAAUAUCUUGGUGAGGGACAGCGCACAAGUGAGAUUUCAGGGAAUAGGAUGGAAAACACAAAUGGUGGGGCUGGAUUAUAGAUGCACAGCGCUUGUGAGUGAGCAUAGAACAGGGGAAGAUGUGGGUUUGGAGGAAGUAUUGGCAGGGAUAAGAAAGAGAUUAUAGGUCUUUCCUUAUUGCAGAAAUCUUUUCAGUGAAGUGAGUUGACAAGUUUGUAGCGGUCAGGUUAGGAGGAGCAGCUCCAGUGUUGGCUUUUGUAUCCAUAAACUUCACGGUUUGCACAGGGAAACAAUCCUCAAUGAAGAUAUUAAAAUCCACAUUCUGUUGACUCCUCAUCGACCGCACCAUUAUUGAUCAAUAAUUUCUACGCUUGCGUUGACUCUCCCUAACCAAAGCCACUGUCUCAAUAUUCCUGUCAUAUACUCAAUUGUCACUCCACAUCCAAAACACAUUUAGCGCUAUAUCUCCGCAUCUAAUUGCUCCCAUGCAGCCCAUCUGACUUUAUUAAAUGUCAACCAUAUACACAGAUAUUUUGUCAUUUUUGAGCUCAAAUAUUGUGUCUCUUAAAAAGGAUACUAAGCAACGCAACUACUGACAACAGAUGUUAUGCAAAAAGAUCUAAGUAGGUGAAUCGGAAACAUUUGGACCAACUUUGUGAAAUGCAAACAUUCAUCUUUUUAGAAAACUUGCCAACUGGAUUAAUUUCACAAAAGGGAGUCAAACCUACAUUUGAAAACUGAAGUUAUUUAUUUUAUUUUUUUUGCAGCCCACAUUAUUUUAUUUAGCGUCAUCGGAUUCUGUAGCACUGUAAAAUGCGUGGACUAACAGACAUGUAAUUGUAACCAGACAACUGGACGUACAGGAACAGAGAGCUGGAGGGCUCUGCUCAAUGAGCUUACAUUCUUAACUUAAACCUUGUUUAUUUGGCAUGGGUUAGCCUUUGAGUUUGACAUGCUUGCCCUAGUGGUAAGUGAAGUACUCCAACAAAAAGUUGUAUUAUCCUGCACAGCAGUCUCAAUGCUACAAGUUAUUAGGGUACCGUGCUUCUUUCUCAGUGUAGACUUGUAAACUUGUAAACCGUGUAGAAAACUUCAAAUAAAGCAAAAGUUAUACAUUUGACCAUUUGGACAGUCUCUCAUGCUGUACAUUUUAUCAACUACAAAGGCAUUUCACAAGGUGCAUUGGCCCUACCUUAAAGGGGAAAACAUAGUGCCAGGAAAACACUCGUGAUGGGGGUUUACUUUAAAUUUGGUUUUAAGUGUGCAUAUUUUAUAUUGCUUUGUCAACAAUCUGCAGAAGAGGUUAAAAACCCUUCUGUCCCUUACCUGAGGGGUCUGCCUUUUCUCCUUUCCCACCGAUGUUCGCCAGUAGAGGAGACGCAAUUUGCGUGCGUGGCAAUGGCCACGCUCGCAUUAGGAUUUCCCCAUAGGAAAGCAUUAUUUGGGUGACGCUGGAAGACCCCAUGCAUAAUGUUAGGACGUCCAGCGUCAGGUGACCAGAAGUCCAUUUUGUGGCUGUCUGGUACAGCCAAUAGAGGUGGAGUUAACCCUAGCAGCUAAUUUAUUGCAGUUCCUUAAAAAUUGCAAUAAUUACCUGCUCAGGGUUAAGGGACCUGAGACUGUGCGCCUAGACCACUUGAGGUGCUGUGGUCUAGCUGCCUAUAGUGUCAAUUUAAAUGGGAACUGUCCCUUUUGUUGUAAUUUAAAUAUAGAUAAACCACCUAUAUGAUGUGUUAAACACUAUAGGGUCAGAAAUACAUGUUUGUGUUCCUGACCCUAUAGUGAUCCUUUAAAUCACCAGUCAGACUUGAUCUAAAUCAUGAUUUUUUUUUAAUGUAAAGGCUCAUUCUUGUUGGUUGUUAUAAUGUGAAUGUUUGUAACUAGAUUCCAUAUAUAGUAUCCAUUUUCACAUUAAAGGGAUACUAUAGUCAUCUAAACAACUUUAGCUUAAAGAGACACUGUAGGCACCCAGACGUCUUCAGCUAAUUGAAGUGGUCUGGGUGAUGUGACCCUUUUGCACUUAGUCCUGCAAUGUAAAACAUUGCAGUUUCAAAGAACUGAAAUUUUACAUUGCAGCUCUAAGUCUGCCCCCAGUGGCUGUCUACUAGACAGCCACUGGAGGAGCUUCUGGAAUCCAAACAAACUUUUAGUCUGUUAUCUGACGCUGGACGUCCUCAGACCUACAGUGUCAGACUUUCCCCAUAGAAAAGCAUUGAAUAAUGCUUUCCUAUGAUGUCUAAUGCGCGGCUGACGUUGGCGGGGGAAGAGCAUGACUAGGGCUUGAACCAGGUAAAUGGCUGAAGGGGUUUUAACACCUUUACCCGUGCGGGAGGGGGGUACCUAUUAACACUAUAAUGCCAGGAAAACGGGCUUGUUUUGCUGGCACUAUAGGAUCCCUUUAAUGAAGCGUUUUGUGUAUAGAUCAUGCCACUGCAGUCUCACUACUGAAUUAUCUGACAUUUAGCAGUUAAAUUACUUUUGUUUCUAUUUUUUGCAGCACUAGCCACACCUCUGCUCUGUGAAUCAUACAGAUUACAAGAAAACCUUUUUAAUUUUCCAUCACAUCUUAAGUUGCAUUAAUAUCAUUCUCUGUAAAUUUAACUUUUAUCACAGACAGACAGCUUCUGCAGGGUCUAGAAUGCUAUUAACAGAACAGGAGAUAAAAUCUAAAUUUACACUAAUGGAAGAGUGAACAUUAGAUCUCUUUACAGGAAGUGUUUAGAAAAGCUGAGUCACAUGCAUGGAGGUGUGAUUUAUAAGGAAGUGUGCUCUAUAAACAGUGAUUUAACACCUAAAGUGUUUUAAUCCCUUAAGGACCAAACUUCUGGAAUAAAAGGGAAUCAUGACAUGUCGUGUCUUUGAUGGGUUAAAGGAUCACUAUAGUCCACAUUUAAUAGCAAGAAAGACAGGUCUCCAAGCCUUCUUUCUUGCUUUUACAUAAACUUCCUAUUAAAAAAAAUAUAAAUCUAAGUCUUUAUCAUUAAAACUUACCUUCGUUCCAGCGAUGAGAUCCCCGUCAGGCCGCGCGUCCUUUUUCGUGAAAAUGAUUAAGUAGUAGGGCUCAAUCAGACGCUUCUCAUAGAGAAGCGUCAUAGCGAUCUGGUGCGCAUGCGUGGCUUCGUGCUGCACCAAUCCGGUUCUUCAUAGAGCCCAAAGUUAGUAUUACGCUCUCGCGCGCUCUCUCUCGGAGGUGUUCCUAGUUUCAAAUGUAAACACUGUAUUUUCUCAGAAAGUAGUGUUUACAUGAGAGAGGCUGCAAGGAGCUAUCGUUCUCACCUGAACAAUUUCAUUAAGCUGAAGUUGACUAUAGUGUCCCUUUAAGUUAGAUGUUUUUGUGGCUAUAGUGUCUGAGAGGGAGCUAAGAUGGAUGUGCUUAUUGGCAGUGUAAAGGCAUAUGUAUUUCUAAAUUAGAUUUUCAUGUUAAAUAUAAAGAUAAGUAAGCAUAAUGUUAAAGAUCCUGGUGACCGUUUCCCGUCCUCUUCAUUUGCCUCCUUCUUAUGAUUGGGUGUUGAAUACAUAUUAUGGUGUGCAGUUUUACUUUAUUUGCACACCACAACUUGAAUUUGUGACUGUCAUUUCAAGGCUACAGUUGAGGUGACAUUAUAAAAUAUAAUUAGCAAUUUUCACUUAACCGAACCAUUUCUGUCUCUACUGGAUUUAUCGACUUGGACAUUGGGCUUAGUGUUGCUGUGAAGUAGAUGCCACAGGUACCAGUUUAUUGUGGGGGACCUAAAUACAGAGUAUGUUUGUUUGGGUUCCUACAAAGAUGUAUUUGCCUGCAGUGCACUCAUAGUUAACCUUUUGUGGGAGGUGUCUUGCCCAUUGCUAGAAAUAGUCUGAACUGACUAACGUUAUUGCAGGCUCCCAAGUCAGCUUUGUUUUUGGUGGGCUCUAAAUCACGCAAGAGAUUGCAAUGUCCAGCAGCCAAGGUAACAAAUUGCUAGCUCUAAUUUUAGAUGUUCCUCGUGAUCAGACUAAAUCAAAAUCUACUAUUCAAUGUAUUUAGCUUCUCCUAAAUGAUUUUGUUUUAAUCUUUCCAUAUUUUCUUUUUCUUACAGCAGUUCUGUGGUGUUCUUGGUCACACAUUUAUGGAGUUUCUGAAGGGCAGUGGAGACUACUGCCAGGCACAGCAUGACCUAUAUGCAGACAAGUGA